AUGAAAUACGCCGAGAUGACGUCGAAGUGGCUCCGUCCAUGCUUUACACGGCCUCGUAGAUAUUCCACUGCUGCAGAAUUCCUCCUUUGUCCCGACCCUUUUCAUCCUCUACCUCUGCGCAACAAAGGGCGGCCUCAAAGCGUGCCUUCUAUUGCCAGAUAUCCUUACUUGUCGCUUCUAGAUAUCCACAAGACAUUAACCCUUAGUAUAGCAUCUAUUCCAGUCGUUAGUAAUAGGCCAGCUCCUGUGUAUCACAUGUCCCAGCCCAAUGAUACACUGCUUCUAGGAUCUAAUUAUCCGGCUGCUAUGCAGAGUGGUACGACCAGAUGCGACAAUGAACCGAGAUCCCCCCGAGUCCCACUGCAGCAUGAGAGGAUUCUCGCUAUGCUUGAUAACUGUGAUAACCAUACCAACCUUCUUGCGCAAGUGGAGAGUCUCCGACGAUACUUUCCUUUAACGCUGACAACUAUGGCAGCAGGGACCGUGGAAAGUUUACUUCUCUCUGCAAAGACAUCCAGCUAUACGGGGACAAGUGCAAGCUCCGGAUCGAGCAAUCCUUCUGCUAGAAUGUCUCUUUCUGGUAUGAUGAGAUCAUCAAUUCCUAAGAACCCAGCAGCUCCUCCCAUGGACAUUUACCAAAAUGUUACCGACUCUACCACCUCGUUCAAGGGAAUGACAUCGAGUGAGCACAGCAGCAAACCUGCUGAAGUACCUGUUGGUGAGAUCCUGUCCAGUUCUCUUCACAGUUCUGAUGUAACUUGCAGUGUCAACACAGCUCCUCUUUCACCCUCUCUCGUAUGCAAUGAAAAGUCGAACUCACACAUGCACGCACUUAACGAAAGAGGCGAUAAGUGCGUGGGAUCACUGUCUGAGAUUUUUGCUAACUGCAGUGGCUCAAAACAGACUUCUCUACUUGUUCCUUUUGUCUUGGGGACUGAUAGACUUGGCAUUCUUGCAGAAUAUAAGCAGGACUCAAGUACUCGCAAAAAACUUCUGCGCUGGCCAGGUAGAAACGUUUUGUCUCUUCUUUCAGAUAAGGUAUACAUGGGAGACCCCUAUCACCUUUUAGUUCUACCAAACAGUGGUUCUGAGCCUUCUUCUCCGGAACGUCCCUUGUUUCAAGCUGGCAUGCCUCCUGAAGCUCACGUAUUUCCAUGUUAUUGGGAAGGAACGAUAGAGAACCGUACAGCGGCGUAUACUGUGGUAUCCAUUAAUGGCUAUCACGUAAGGCUUAUAACCUUAACCUCUCCCUCCGUUUAUGAGAGGUUCGCUCCAAGCUUCAAUCCCGUCCAUUCUGUGCAGUUCAACCGCACUGCAAAGUUGAUUUCUAAUGCGGCACGUUAUACAUGCAUUUGGCGAUUAAAAGCUCCAGAAUUUACUUUUAGGUCUGAUAAGAAUGAGGAGAGGGAUUUUAUCAAAAGUCAUGGGACCGGUGUUGUAGCGCAAGUUGAACAGCAAUUGCUCUUGCACGCAUCUAGAGCGACAAGCAUAGCAUUCUCAAGAUACUCUGCGACUCUAGAUGCUUCUACUCAACAAUGCGUACACCCGGCUUCUGGUGCUGAUACUAGCUAUUCGGAUAUUGAGCCUCUGCUUUCGCUACGAUCUGCCAACCAAUCUCCUUUUAUGGAGCAAACUGAUGGCACCUCCACCUUCCCUGUAGGUCGCAGUAACCACGUUAACGUGUCAAGCUCAGCGCAGUCAGACUUGUCUUCAAUUUUGAACCUCGAUACAUCCAGUCAAGACACCCUAUCUUCGGCAGUUACGUUGACAGGUUCUCAACCUAGAUCCUCUAGUACUUCCCAUUGUACCAUACCUGCUACUCUCGACGAGCUCUUCAGGAAGCCUCUCCGCUCCAAAGAGUGUCUUAGGCAGAGUGCCUCCAGGCAGCUACUUCAGUAUGCAUGCUGGAGUUCACCACUAAGCAGAGCAGUCCCCUCUCUUUCACAGCAGCUUGCCGUUUCUAGUUCAAGGCCUUCAACACUACCGUCUGCUGAGAGCUUAUCCGUUCUUGGGUGUAACCGUAGUAGGCCAGACGCACAUAAGUACGCCAAACGAAGAGAGCACAUGUUCAAGGUCGCUUAUGAAAUGGGGCUUAGCCGCAAGGUAUGA